UAACGUGCGUAUAUUAUACAUUUAGAUUUAUGUAUUUGCAAUAGAGGAAAUAGCUAGUCCUACACUCAAACGCGCUACUUAAAGUUAACGCACUUAACUUUAUAAUUACGCAAAACUACUCAAAUUUCAAAUACAUUAUCUGCCUUGUAAUUAACUGCACCUUGUUUACCUAAAUAUAUAAAAAGCCUGUAAAUAAAUUGUAAGAUAUAGAAUACUCACGACUGUUGUAAAUAACUUCUUCGCUAGUGAAUAAAAGAAUCAGAAAAUUUAAUAGCCUUCUAGUACAUUGAAUUCACUUUCGGAGCUCAUACGAAAGACUUAUAUAACGCUAAAACCGUACCGGCCACCGUAUUAAUCACAUAGUCGUCAUGUUAAUCCACCAGCGUGAAUUUUUGUUUCAGAUGACUGCAUUGACGUCAUAUAAACAGAAGCACCGACUGUGACGGACGAGAGGCAUCACGAAGAUUACACCGGUGGCAUGGAAAUAUUGUUCCUUUCUCCUCAUAACCACACUGUUCGCUUUGGUGCUUCGCGAAACUGAAUGCAAAAGCUCCUCCCUCCAUUCACCGAGUGUCGUGCAGCCGGAGUUCAUAACUUUGUCUUCACGAUAGCCAUCCCAAAAAAUGUUGUCUCAUUACUUCGCAGCUCGUGAAGAUCCGUACAAAGGGUGCCUAAAUUUGGCAUCGAGGCAUCUCCUUUCAGUGGCAAACAAUGGCUCCGAUGGAAAUGGAUCAUUUCCUCCUAUAGAAAAUCUAAGUGAAAGCGAAAAAAUUGCCUUCACCAUCGGGUAUGGCUUCAUGAUAUUAGUCGGUUUGCCUGGUAAUAUUUUGAUCAUGGUCGUCAUAGCUACAUACAAAGAAUUACGCAAUGAUCUUAACAUGUUACUUUUCAACAUGGUUUUUGCUGACAUCAUACGCAUGCUUUUAACAACUUCGUUGGCGCUCUUUAUCAUUCACGAAAUCGGAAAUGCACUUUCACCGAUCUACGUAGAUUCGGGUUUGUCCGGUCGUGUGUUCUGUAAGAGCAUGUUUGGAUUUCCUCCAAUUUUAUCGAUCGUGGUCGUUUUCACUUUGGUUGUGAUGACCUGCGAACGGUUUUUGGCCGUUGUUUUCCCAUUUCACGUUACGUUGCUCAAAAACAAAAGCAAGUGGAUCGUUACUGCUAUUUGGUUCGUUGCUGCAGUGCUGGCAGCGCCCAUUUUUUCAGGUGCAACUUCGGGUGAAUUGCCCUCAGGUGGUCACAUUUGCUUAUACGACUACAGUCUGCUGUGUGAUGGUAACAUCAUAAAAGAUCGAAAAUGUAAUUCUCGUGUCGUGAAACAAAUCACGUCUGUACUCGUUUACCUCACGUUCGUCGUCGCAUUUCUCCUUAUAUUGCUACUUCAUGUCGUAAUGGCUGUAAGGCUUCAUCGACGUCGGCGCGGCUUCAACGAGAGAGACGAAACGUAUGUUUCAAAUAGCCUUAGAAAUUCCACGCGCGAUGUCGUGCGCAUGCUCGGUGUUGCAUCGUUCGUGUACGUGAUUACGUCGCUACCGAGUCAGAUGUAUCAAUUCGGUUUCAUCUACAACACGUCGUGGUUAAAUAAAGCGAUGCCACCCUACUUUAAUUUUCUCUUGAUGUUCAUUUCGAACUCUCAUUCCAUGAUAUAUCCGUGGAUUUAUCCGUUGUUCGUAAGGCGUUUUCGCGAGAAAUACAGCUUGCUUUUUUACCAACGAAUCCUAAAACGCGUUCGCUCUCAAUCGGAGACAUCAACAUCGGCAAGACAAGCAUUAACAACCAUGGAUAAUAAUAAGAACACUCAGACUGAAACACAAUUUUGAAGAAUAACUAUUCUGGAAAGUAUUUGGAAAGUAGCGCAAAUCUGCCAGUGACAGUGGCGUAGCGCAAUAGCUGAGACCCCUUGGUCAAGCAUUCAUUGGUGGCUUCCCCCUCCCCCUCCCCAUAUGGCUACAAUACAAUACAAUACAAUACACUAUAAUACAAUACAAUCCAUAAGUUUGUUUGAAAUCAAUUGUUUUCUAUUAUUUUCUAAUCAGUUAUCACAUGCAUAUAAAAUAACCCCUCUCCCGAAUAAUCAAGUUUAGCUACAGCACUGGUAGAGAGUACACCUCUAAAGACUCCUCGAAACGAAAAAUAUUUCUAUAUCAUUGACAAUAAAGAAAAAAUUGCAAAGUUCUACGAUAAUAAUAUUAACAUAAA